UAAAUACAUCUCGUUGAGUUUUUCCAUUCAACGCGUCGUUCCGCGAGAUAUUUUAUAUUUUUUCGCGUCGUUCGUUCGCCUCUGCCCUUUUAUCUUCGCGAAACGAUAGUUCGUCGAGUUUGCCAUUAUCUGGCGAAUGUUCCAUUUUCUUUUUCGUGUUGCAAGAUUGUAUUUAUGUACUGUACACUUGUUCACUUCGGAAGGCACAUUGAGUAGAAAAAGCCGUUCGGUAUUUGUAAACAUCAGAUUGACCGUUAUGACGGCUGGAACUAGCACAGAAAAGUCGGCUAGCAAUCCUUUGGAGCAGUUUGUGCUACUGGCAAAAACUGCGAAAGGAGCAGCUGCCAUAGAGCUCAUUAAGCAAGCGGUAGAGACACCAGGCGUACAUGUAUUUGGAGAGCUACUGGACAUGCCCAAUAUCAAAGAGUUAGAGAACGGACCUUAUGUUCAAUAUUGGAAUACUCUCAAUUUAUUUGCGUACGGCACGUAUAAGGAAUAUUUAGAGAACAAAGAUAAGGUUCUGGAAUUGACCCAGACGCAAAAGAAAAAGCUCCAACAUCUAACCAUUGUAACGCUAGCCACAAAGUCCAGAUGCAUACCGUAUUCCGUGUUGUUGGAAGAGUUAGAUAUAAAGAAUGUUAGAGAUUUAGAGGAUUUAAUAAUAGAAGCUAUUUACGCAGAUAUAAUACAUGGCAAAUUGGAUCAAAAGAAUUCACAGUUGGAGGUAGACUAUGCUGGUUUGGGUCGCGAUGUGAGACCCGAUGAUACGGGUGUUGUAGCUGAGACGUUAGCUGCUUGGGGUCAGGCUUGUGAUACAGUGUUAGCAUGUAUUGAGGAACAAGUCACAAGAGCUAAUGUAGAAAAACAAAAGGCAACCUAUCACAAAGAAAGAAUACAAAGAGAUAUUGCAAACAUAAAGAAAUCGCUCGCUGCACAAGCUGGAGGAGGUGGUGUGCAGGAAGCUGAUAUGGCAGGAGGCAGUUCUGGGGGCGAAUCAAGCAGGGAAGCAUUGUCAGGUCCAUCCGAUGCUAAGAAAAAACAACAGAAGGUCAAAGAGACUUGAUAUUACAAUCGUAAAAAGUUUCGGUUGUAAUACAUUACAUGUAAUCUGCAUUGAAAUUCUUGCAAUUCUAUGUAAACUGCGAUAAACAAUGAUGGCCAAUGCAAUUAAGGAAUGGAAAGUUGGAGUGAUUAGAGAAAAAAGUUCAUUGCCAUAUCGUGGCAUAUAGAGUCCAGAGGGAUUGAAUUUUCAUUAAUUUAAAGAAAAAGAUCUUGUGUAUAUAUAUACACACACACAUAUGUAACGAGACAUGGCACUAUAAAUUAUUGUUAUGUUUGUUUAGUGAUAACGUUUGUUUAUAUGGAGAUUUUGUUAUAUUAAAGUUGCAAAUUUUUUUCUAAAUUGUCGUUUAUAUUAUGCGUUAGAGAGAAACGAAAGAAAGUGAAAGAGGGUAAAACGAAUUUAUUAAUAUGCACUCUAUUUAAGGUAAUAAUUCGAGUUAACAGAUGCAUGGAUAAGGUAGUUAUAUGAAACGAUAUCUUACAUGAGGCGAAAAUUUAUUUGGCUUAUUUAGAUUUCGAGUUGGUACUGUUAUUAAGUCUCAUAUUUUAUCACUAAUGUUUUUAGUGAUUUUGUGCUAGAAGAGUAAUCAUUAUUAUCAAACGAUAUAAGAUGGUAAAAAUAAGAUAGAUUUCAAAUUUCACUGCAUACAGUAUGCAAUAAUCUGCAUAGAUUAGCUGUGGUUCAGAAAUUAAAACGAUCAUUGGAAACGGGUUAAAUCGUAAAUAGUUACGAUAGUGAAUCAUAAAUUUAAUAUUGAAUUAAUAAUUUCCUCUCAGCGAUUUAAAACAGACAAAUGUAAAUCGCGAAUGAAACAUGGUGAAAUACAAUUGUGAUUGUCCUCACAUCGAUACUUUAAAAAAAAAAAAAAGAAAAAACCGGAGAAAAUGACGAAUGAUUUUCUUACAAAUGAGAAGAGAAAAAAGUACUUUUAUAACGAAUAAGCUUCCGAAUUUUUGUAAAUCGUGUAGCGUUUACGAGAGUUCUUUUUAACAAGACCAAAGAUUUUAUACUUUGUGUUACAAGGUGUGAAUGAUAACGAAGCAGGGUUCGAUAAGUUUUAUAGGCAAGUUUGAUAGCUGUUGCAAUGAAUUUUAGCAUAUUUAUUAUUGUAUCUCCGUGCCUGCACAGAACAUCACCGAGUGACGCCAGAGUUUAGCGUGACGAAUUACUUGAAAUGUGUCACCAUGCAGUAUUAAUCUAUUUUCUAUCGUUUUUGCGUUAACGUUCGCAUUGUCUUUUUAUUUCCUCUCUAUAAAGACGAUAUGAUAAGUAGUCGUCAUGAGAGACAGACGGUAACUCGUAACAAAGCGUAACUAGUCGGAUUGAUCAUUAUUAUUAAAGGAAAA